AUGUCCAAGGAGGCCGAGGCCAAGCGGUUCCCCGAGUCAGACCUCAUCAGCUCACUGGCCAUGGUGAUCGAGGAAGCCACCAAGUGCUCGAUGGUGGCGCAGCAGCUGGCCACGAAGAAAGUCCGCACCAGGACGCGGCCACAGGGCGAGACCAAAUACCGCCUGACGGUGGACGAGCUGGAGCUGUUUCACGAGCACAUCGAACAGCUGGCGUGCCGGAUCCGCGAGCAGGACGACAUUCGCCGUCUGCUGGACCAGGUGCAGGAGUUCCAGCGGCGUGCCGUGCAGCUGGUGGAGCCGGAACUGCCGCCGCCGGCCGCGGACAUUCAGGCCUGCGUCGAUCUCGGCUCCCAGCUGGACAUCGAGCUGCCCGAGAUCAUUGAGCUGCGCCAGCGGCUGAGCCACGCCCAGUGGAUGGAGGCCGUGGAGGAGGGCCUGGACGGCCGGCGCCGGCUGACUCUGGACGGCAUCGCCCAGCUGGUGGAGACCGGCAGGACGCUGCCGCCCUACCACGUGGUGGAGCGCGCCAUGGGCGAGCUGCAGGGCCUGCUGCUGUCCGGCCAGCAGCACGAGGAGCGCGCCCGGCUGGCGCUCACCGCACGGCCGGUGCAGAGUCUGACCGAGGUGGAGGCGCUGCUGCGCGACGCCGAGAAGGUGCCCGCCUCGCUGCCCAACGUCGAGAGCCUGCAGGAGGUGGUGCAGAAGGCGCAGGACUGGCUGGAGCGCGUGGUGGCGCUCACCGAGAAGAAGGAGCACCCUCGGCUGGAGGUGGUGGAGGCGCUGGUGGCGCGCGGGCAGCCGCUGCCGGUCCUGCUGCCUGACCUCAGCCGCCUGGAGAACAUGGCCAACAGCGCCAGAGCCUGGCGGGAGCGCACCAGCCGCACCUUCCUCAAGCGAAACUCCUUCACCCUGCUGGAGGUACUGUCGCCCCGCGCGGACGUGAGCGUACACCAGUCACGCGGCAAGCGGCGGCGCCCCAAGGAGGAGCACCUGCUCUCCAGUGAUCUGGAGACGGACGGCAGCACGGUGGCCCAGGUGGUGGACGCCUACCGGGCUGCCGAGGAUCGCGAGCUGGAGCUGGUGCGCGGUCUGCGCGCCGGCAACCUGCAGAAGCGGCAGACUGAGGCCCAGCAGGGCAAGUACUGCCUCUGCCGGCAGCGGCUGCGCGGCUACAUGCUGCAGUGCGAACUCUGCCGGGACUACUUCCACGCGUCGUGCGUGCCGCUGGCACAGAGGGGUUCGGGCAAGGGCCGGUCGGGCGGCGGCUCGGACGGCACGCCGCCGCCACCACCGCCGCCGACGCCGCCGCCGGCCGACGCCCACUUCCUGUGCCCGCUGUGUCAGCGCUCCCGCCGCCCACGGCUGGACACGGUGCUGAGCCUGCUGGUGUCGCACCAGAAGCUGGCCGUCCGGCUGGCCGAGGGCGUGGCGCUGCAGUGUCUGACGGAGCGUGCCAUGCGCUGGCAGGACCGGGCGCGCCAGGUGCUCUCCUCGGAGGAGAUGGUCGCCAGCCUGAGCAGCCUAGCGGCCGUCUCUCAGCGCGCCGAGACCAGCGCCAAGGAGCGGGCCGAGAAGACGGCCGGACGGCAGGCGGCGAAGGCCGACCAGAGAAACAGCGAGUCGUCGCUGGGCGCUGACGCCGAGUCGUCGGACAGCAGCCGGGACGCCUCGUCGGUGCACAUCAAGCGUGAGAGCUCCGAGCAGCCGGCGGCGCCGCCGGCCGGCUUCUCCAGCUCCGAGCACGCCUACUCGUCAGCCUUCAAGCAGACGCCGCCGCCGCCGACGCGGAAACCACGCAAGGCUGUGCUGUCGCCACGGCGGGCUGACUCGCCGCCACCGCCGCCGCCGCCCCCGCCGCCGGCUCCGGCCCGCCCGCUGCCGCCCGAGUCCGUGGCGCUGCUGGAGACGGUGCUGAUGGAAGGAGACCUGCUGGAGGUCAGCCUGGAGGAGACAGAGCAGUUGUGGCGCCUGCUGCUGGCCGCCCGGCCCGCCGCCGCCGACCUCAACUUCCCCGACAUCGACAUCGUCAAGAUGGAGGAAGGCGGCGCGCGCCGUAAGUCGGCCGGCGCCGGACGUAAGAAGCGCUCGCCGGACUCGCCGCGCGGUCUGCAGCCGCCUAAACGGCUCAAGGUCAAGGUGAAGCCGCCCGAGGACUCUGCUGACCCGACCACGCCCAGCCCGGGGCCGGAGCAGACCUCGCCCAGUCCCAGCAAACGCACCCCGAAGGCGGCUGCAGCAGGCUUCAAACGCAAAUUAACCAAGACCAAGAAAAUGGUGUGGGAUAAGAACCAGCGCCACCCCAAGGGCGGCGCUCGCAGCUCGGAGGACGGCGAGUCGGGGCCCAUCAGCAACUACGUGGAGGACUGUGCGGCCACGCCCUGCCAGAAGCCCCACGGCUCGUGCAUCAACUGGAUCGGCUGCGACGCCUGCGAGCAGUGGUACCACUACAUCUGCGUGGGCCUGCCCAAGAACUACCAGGUCACCGAGGACAUGGUGUACAUGUGUCCGCGCUGCCAGAACAGCCAGGCGCCCCGGGGCCCGACCGAGUCGGCGGGCAGCUCCCUGCUGGACCUGGCGGCCGCCGCCGAGGAGCAGGACGGCGCCAGCGCGCUGCUCAGUCUGGCUUCGGGGGGCGCCAGCCCGGCCGCCGCCCUCAAGCGGGAGCCGACCGAGCCGACCGGCACCGCCCGCUCCAUCGCCGACGACGAACACGACGACGACGAGCAGGAGGAGUGAGGUCCCCGCGGGACCCGGCAGCAGCGGCUUGUCGGGCCUCGGCCUGAUCCGGCAGGCGGCCUGUUGGGCCCCCAGUGUGAUCUGGAACGAUCUGUUUGCUCCCCUGUGAGACGUUAGCGGUGUCUCGGGGCCUGGCUGACGUAGCCUUGCGGGCGGCCCGCGGGGCCCCUCUUUAGUCUGGCAAGUGGUCUUUCCGUUCUCUUGCGACGCCAGGCAGACAGUGUGUGUUUGCUCCCUGUGUGACUGCGGGCCGGAUGUCGGACCCCUGUGUGACUCGGCGGGCCGGAUGUCGGACCCCUGUGUGACCCCGCGAGCCGGAUGUCGGGCCCCGGUGUGACUCGUGGGGCCGGAUGUCAAACCCGCGUGUGACUCGGCGGGCCGGAUGUCGGACCCCGGUGUGACACGUGGGACCGGAUGUCAGAUCCGUGUGUGACUCGGCGGGCCGGAUGUCGGACCCCGGCGUGACUUGUGGGGCCGGGGACAGGCCCGUGUGUGAUCUGGCGACCGGCGGGCGCCGCCGGGGGUGACGACGGCCGCAGCAAGCUUGUUUGGACGAGUGGCCUGUGUGAUCUGGCGUGUAGUUGGCCCGGUCGCCACCGCUGCCGGGUGCGAACAUGUGCUCCUGUGUGCCGUCUCGGUGUGUGCACGCUCCGGGCUGGGUUGCGGCGUGUGCUUCAUCACGCCUCGUGUUUCUUUCCUUUCCCACUCUCUCCCUCUCUCUCUCGCUCUCUGAUCUCAGCUGUUGGCCGCUCGCUGGCUGGUGUGACGCUCUGGGUACGUGUCGGCGCGAAGUGCGCGCAUCGUCGGCACCUGCCUCGAAACUAGGUACCGCCGUACUGCAGUGAUGCCUCCAGGUUGAGCCCUAACGCAGUAGUGCGCCCAAGAGCACAGACACACGUACUGUCCACUGUGAGUGUGAACGUUUGAAUAAAUGACUAGAACUCGUGCCUCUAAACGAAAUCGGGUUCACGUUCGUUAAGGCUGAAAACGCGGUCGGGCAUUGUGCAUCGCCGUAACUAACGCAUCAAAUACAGAUCCGAACAUU